CACCGAAUAAAUAUUGCACCAUAUCGCACCGGCCACCGCCUCUAGUCCAGGCGGGUAUGUGUCUGUCCUUGUGGCCGAAUUGAAUCUGAAAAAGACGCUGUAAUGACUUGCCUCCCUUCUCCUGAGUUCCUCCACCUCCCACCAAUAUGAGAUCGGCGUCAGCUCUGAAGCCUGCGGCAGAUCCGAAGAUGGUCAUCAAUGCCUAUCGUCACCUGUACCGUCAAGGGUUAAAGGCAGUCAAUUAUUCCACUCCAGCGCGGCAUGUUCUUCAGAACACUCUGCGGUCUUCCUUUCGCUCAUCUUCACUGGAGGAAUUGAAUCCACAGCGCAUAGCCAAUACCCUCCGCUUCCUCCAGCGAGCUGCCGAUGUUGCAGGUCUGGAACACAAGAUUGUCAGAAAUCUGAUGGUGAUAAAAUACUGGGAGCAGCCUCACGUGAGGAAGGACUAUCGCAUGUAGGUUGUCAUGAGUUGGGGGAUUUGGGAUUUUCACUGUUCUAACCUCAACUCAGUCUGCGAGGAUUGGGACUCGAUCAAAAAGAUCCUGCUCUGAUGCAGGACGCGAUUCGACAGUUUAAUCUGACACUAUCACUCCUUAAUGAUAGCCUAGAAAUCUGCUUGAGGUAGUAGUCAUGCAAUCAAUAA